AUGCUGUUUGGUGUGUUUGCAAUGCAAUGCAGAGAUGAUGUCACGAAUGGUAUACCUUCGGCGGUCGAUAUGGAAUCUUCCAGUUCUGGCUUCAGAUCCCAAUUUAUACCAGAGGUGACUCUGCUUUUGCUUUCAUUCAUACCAUCACUACUGCCGCACAGACAUCACAUCCACAGCACAGUUAUCCUCAUAAGUCAAACAAAUCCAAUACAUUUCCAAUGGCGACAAUCCUUUGGCGAUAAGAUUCCCGAACGACAUGAAUGUUCUGGCAAUUCAUCCAUUGAUUCAACAUUUACUGAAGCGAUGUAUUUUGAAAUAUACAUCGAUGUGGAGAAUGUAAUGCUAGCGUUGACUGGAAACUAA